AGCUCCCGUGCCCGGAUGCCCUGCCCAGACGCGGAGGGGGCGUGGCCCGGCGGCCCGUACCAAGAACACGGAUUCGCAGGGGGGAAACCUGGCCCGGGAGCGCGCGGCCCUGUGGGGGGGGCGGGGCCACCGACGGCCACGCCCCCACCCCCGCGUGAGGAGCGGGCGGUGGUAGCACCUCGGUGGUGCGGGCCUGCGUCCGGCUCGGAUUCGGGAGUGCUGCGGAAUAGGUCGAGGUUCGUGAUCAACAUGGGGGACUCCAACACAGAUACCAGCGCCACCGGGUCUGAGACUGUGGCUGAGGAAGUCUCUCUUUUCAGCAUGACGGACAUGAUUCUGUUUUCACUCAUUGUGGGUCUCCUGACCUACUGGUUCUUCUUCAGAAAGAAAAAAGACGAAAUCCCUGAGUUCACCAAAAUUCAAGCAAUGACCUCCUCUGUCAAAGACAGCAGCUUCGUGGAAAAGAUGAAGAAGACGGGCAGGAACGUCAUCGUGUUCUAUGGCUCCCAGACGGGGACUGCCGAGGAGUUUGCCAACCGCUUGUCCAAGGACGCCCACCGCUACGGCAUGCGGGGCAUGUCAGCAGACCCCGAGGAGUAUGACUUGGCCGACCUGGGCAGCCUGCCAGAAAUAGAGAACUCCCUGGCAGUGUUCUGUAUGGCCACCUACGGCGAGGGUGACCCCACUGACAAUGCUCAGGACUUCUAUGACUGGCUCCAGGAGACAGAUGUGGACCUCUCUGGAGUCAAGUAUGCGGUGUUUGGCCUUGGGAACAAGACCUAUGAGCACUUCAAUGCCAUGGGCAAGUAUGUGGAUAAGCGGCUAGAGCAGCUUGGUGCCCAGCGGAUCUUUGAGCUGGGGAUGGGCGACGAUGACGGGAACCUGGAGGAGGAUUUCAUCACAUGGCGAGAGCAGUUUUGGCCGGCUGUGUGUGAGCACUUUGGGGUGGAAGCCACUGGAGAGGAGUCCAGAGACAUGGCCAAGGUGUACGUGGGUGAGAUGGGACGUCUGAAGAGCUACGAGAACCAGAAACCCCCCUUUGAUGCCAAGAAUCCAUUCUUGGCUGUCGUCACCACCAACCGGAAGCUGAACCAGGGAACUGAGCGACACCUCAUGCAUCUGGAAUUAGACAUCUCAGAUUCCAAAAUCAGGUAUGAAUCGGGUGACCAUGUAGCUAUUUACCCAGCCAAUGACUCUGCCCUGGUCAACCAGAUUGGCGAGAUCCUGGGUGCUGACCUGGAUGUUGUCAUGUCCCUGAACAAUCUUGAUGAGGAAUCCAACAAGAAGCAUCCAUUCCCCUGCCCCACCUCCUACCGCACAGCCCUCACCUACUACCUGGACAUCACCAACCCGCCACGCACCAACGUGCUCUACGAGCUGGCCCAGUACGCCUCCGACCCCUCUGAGCAGGAACACCUGCGCAAGAUGGCCUCUUCCUCGGGCGAGGGCAAGGAGCUGUACCUGAGCUGGGUGGUGGAGGCUCGGAGGCACAUCCUGGCCAUCCUGCAGGACUACCCAUCCCUGCGGCCCCCCAUCGACCACCUGUGUGAGCUGCUGCCUCGGCUGCAGGCCCGCUACUACUCCAUCGCUUCUUCCUCCAAGGUCCACGCCAACUCUGUGCACAUCUGUGCUGUGGUUGUGGAAUAUGAAACCAAGUCUGGCCGAAUCAACAAGGGUGUGGCCACCAGCUGGCUUCGAGCCAAGGAGCCCGCAGGGGAGAACGGCUGCAGGGCCCUGGUGCCCAUGUUUGUGCGCAAGUCCCAGUUCCGCCUGCCCUUCAAGGCCACCACACCUGUCAUCAUGGUGGGCCCUGGCACUGGGGUUGCCCCCUUCAUAGGCUUCAUUCAGGAGCGGGCCUGGCUGCGGCAGCAGGGUAAGGAGGUGGGUGAGACGCUGCUCUACUAUGGCUGCCGCCGCUCUGACGAGGACUACCUGUACCGUGAAGAGCUGGCCCAGUUCCACAAGGAGGGCUCCCUCACCCAGCUCAAUGUGGCAUUCUCCCGGGAACAGCCUCAGAAGGUCUACGUCCAGCACUUACUGAAGAGAGACAAGGAGCACCUGUGGAAGCUGAUCCACGAGGGGGGCGCCCACAUCUAUGUCUGUGGGGAUGCUCGGAACAUGGCGAGGGAUGUGCAGAACACCUUCUACGACAUCGUGUCUGAGCUGGGGUCCAUGGAACACACCCAGGCCGUGGACUACAUCAAGAAACUGAUGACCAAGGGCCGAUACUCCCUGGAUGUGUGGAGCUAAGAGCCCACUCUGCCCUCACGCCCUAUAGACUUGGCUUCCCCAUAUAAUCACUUUCCUCCCCUUCUGCAGCUUCCUGGAUGGGUUCUGCUGGGCCUUGUCCCAGGAUGCAGACUCAGUGACAAAGACUGAGGCCUCCUGCCUAAGGGCGCCUGGCCAGGGGUGACCAGGUCCUCACUUUGUGAACACCUCAGGCCUCCAGUGGCUGUACAGAAGGGGCUCUUCUCUCAGCUGAGCAGGGGCUUGGCCCCUCCACGUGAUUUUCAAUGAAUGUAAAUAAUUUUAAAUAACCUCUGGCCCUUGGAAUAAAGUUGUUUUCUGUA